AUGAAGCUGGACACAGAUCUUCCUGCGCCCUAUUUGAUUGUUCCUUAUGAUAAGGGGAAUGAAGGAGACCAGGAUAUGGUGGCCUCGCUCCAUAGGUUCGGCUUUAUGAUGCCAGUGACGUUUGAGGAGGUGGCCGUGUACUUCUCUGAAGAUGAAUGGGCUCUUUUGGAUGAAAAGCAGAAGGAACUCUACAGAGAUGUCUUGCAGGAGAAUUAUGAGACUCUCCUCUCGUUGGAUCUUCCUGCGCCCUAUUUGAUUGUUCCUUAUGAUAAGGGGAAUGAAGGAUACCAGGAUAUGGUGGCUUCACUCUGUAGGUUUGGCUUUAUGAUGCCAGUGACAUUUGAGGAGGUGGCCGUGUACUUCUCUGAAGAUGAAUGGGCUCUUUUGGAUGAAAAGCAGAAGGAACUCUACAGAGAUGUCAUGCAGGAGAAUUAUGAGACUCUCCUCUCAUUGGGAUUUCCGAUUGCUAAACCAGAUGUGCUGUCCCAGAUAGAGCGAGGGGAAGAGAUGUGGUUCCCAGAUCUCCAGGGCUCCGAGGAAAGGAAAAUCCCAAGAGGUACUACGACAGGUACCGGGACAGCAAGUGAAAACGAGGAGAGUCCCCAGCAGGAAGGGGCUGUGGGAGUGAAGAUGCACAGGAUGUUCUUAGGGAGACCGCAGUGCCCUGACGUGGCAGAUGCCAAUCUUCCUGCGCCCUAUUUGUUUGUUCCUUAUAAGGGGAAUGAAAGAGACCAGGAGAUGGUGGCCUCGCUCUGUAGGUUUGGCUUUAUGACCUACCUGGACCUCAUCUUUCUGCUCCUCCUGAUAAGGGGAAUGAAGGAGACCAAGAUAUGGUGGCCUCACUCCAUAGAUUUGGCUUUAUGCUUGUGUCUGAUUGGUGGGAUUGUGGCCAGACUAGACGGGCUGAGUGGGGGACCCAUGUCCUUUCAGAUGCCAGUGACAUUUGAGGAGGUGGCCGUGUUCUUCUCUGAAGAUGAAUGGGCUCUUUUGGAUGAAAAGCAGAAGGAACUCUACAGAGACGUCAUGCAGGAGAAUUACGAGACUCUCAUGUCGUUGGGUGCUGGGACGGUGAGCGAGAAGGAGGAAAAAGCCCAGAAAGUUGUAUCUACAGGAGCAGAACCACAAAGGAUGUUCUCAGGGAGACACUGUUGCCUUGAGUGGAGAGAUGCCUGUGAGAGUCAGGGCAGGACAGAGAGGCUCUGGGAAGACCCUCCAGGCAGGAGUAAAUCCACUCAUAGCAAAAGAAGUUUAGAGAAAUCCAAAGACACCAGCACCCACCAGACAGCCUGCACGGGGGAGAGCCCAAACACAGGUACUGAACCUGGGGAAAGUUUCAAUAAAUGCUCACUCCUCGUUAAGCAUUGUCAGCAAACUUGUGCAGAAAAGGGUGCCUACAAGUGUAAUGAAUGUGGCCAAAGCUUUUCUCAACAACAGUGCCUUCAGAUACAUCUGAGAAUUCACACAGGGGAGAGACUCUCUAAAUGUAAUGAAUGCGGGAAAAGCUUCAGACACAAGACAAGCCUUGUUCUUCAUCGUUACACAGUCCACAAGUUGGAGAGACCCCAUAAGUGUCCAGUGUGCGGCCAGGUCUUUAUCCUGAGAAAGAGACUUAUUCAGCAUCAGAGAAUCCACAAUGAAGAGAUGCAUAGAGGGUUUCACAAUGGGAUUGUGAGUGAGAACAAGGAUGAGCAUCCCCAACAGGAAAAGCCAGUGGGAGCGGAGCCUUGUGAGGCAUCUCAGAGAUGUGAAUGGGCAGAUGCUGGUAAGAGUCGGGGAAGGAGAGGACAGCAGCGAGUUUACCCGGCAGGGGGGAAAGACUGUGAAUCUGCUGUAUGUGAAGGAAGUUCUAAGAAAUUGAACCGCACCGUCGCCUACCAGGGAACCAAGGUGGGAGCACAACUGAAUACACAAAGUAAGAGAAGCUUUAGUAGGAGCUCAGCCGCUGACCUGCAUCAGAAAAUCCACCCAGAUGAGAAACGACACAGCUGUGCUGAGUGUGGGAAAAGCUACCGCCGGAACUCACACCUCCGAAGGCAUCAAAAAAGCCACACGGGAGAGAAACCUUAUGUAUGUGCUGACUGUGGGAAGAGCUUUGGACGGAAGUCGCCACUCAGUAAACACCUACGGACGCACAAAGAGGAGAAACCCUAUAGCUGCGCUGACUGUGGGAAAAGCUUCAGAGAGAGCUCAUACCUUGUUCUGCAUAGGAGAAUCCACACAGGAGAGAAACCCUAUCAGUGUCCUGACUGUGACAAAAGCUUCAGGCUGAAAGGGGACCUUUCCAGUCACUGUAGAACCCACACGGGGGAAAAACCUUAUAAAUGCACUGAAUGUGGGCAAGGCUUCAGGAAGAAAUCAACUCUGACUAAGCACCUGAGGAUCCACACUGGGGAGAGGCCCUUUAAAUGCCCUCACUGUGAGAGAAGCUUUCGUCAGAACUCCCACCUGGCCCGCCACCGCCGCACGCACACGGGGGAAAAGCCCUACACCUGCCCCGAGUGUGGCAAGAGCUACCGGCAGGACUCGCACCUGGCCCAGCACCGGCGCUCCCACACCGGCGAGCGCCCCUACAAGUGCACUGAGUGCGGCAAGGCCUUCUCGCAGAGCUCCAACCUCAUCAUCCACCAGCGCACACACACCGGCGAGCGCCCCUACACCUGCGGGGAGUGCGGGCGCAGCUUCGGGCACAGCUCGGACCUGGCACAGCACCGGCGGGUGCACACGGGGGAAAAGCCCUUCCCCUGCCCGCAGUGCGGCAAGCGUUUCGCCCAGAGCUCCAAGGUGACCCAGCACCAGCGCUUCCACACCGGCGAGCGACCCUUCGGCUGCCCGGACUGCGGCAAGGCCUUCCGGCUCAGCGCCGACCUGCUGCGGCAUCGGCGCACCCACACUGGCGAGAAGCCCUACAGCUGCGCCGAGUGCGGCAAGCGCUUUGUGGAGAGCUCCCACCUCAUCCGGCACCAGCGCACCCACAUGGGCGAGCGCCCCUACCGCUGCCCGCAGUGCGGCAAGGGCUUCAACCAGAGCUCCAACCUGCUGCAGCACCAGCGCACCCACCGGGGCGAGCGUCCCUAUGUCUGUGGCGACUGCGGCAAGGCCUUCGGCGUCAGCUCGGCGCUGCUGCAGCACCGGCGCACCCACACCGGCGAGCGGCCCUACCGCUGCCCCCAGUGCGGCAAGAGCUUCAGCGUCUCCUCCACCUACAACAUCCACCGGCGCACCCACACCGGCCUCAAGCCCUACACCUGCGCUGACUGCGGCAAGGCCUUCAGCCGCAGCUCUGCCCUACUCCAGCACCAGAGCACCCACACCGGGGAGCGGCCCUACCGCUGCAGCCACUGCGGGAAGGGCUUCGGGCAGAAGGCGGCCAUGGCCCAGCACCAGAGAACUCACCUGGGCCAGGAGCCCACCGGAGUGAUCCCACUGGGGGACUGGGGUGCGGCCCAACUCGGACAGAGCCAGGGGGAGGAGGAGGAGGGUGAUGAGGCAGGAAGCAAGGAGAGCGCCGGGCUGGGGUGA